GCGGAGGGCGGGGCCUGCGCGGGGACUUCCCUUGGGCUGAGCUGCGCAGCGGGGUUUUGGCCAAAUUGGGCGAGGGCACAAAAUAACCACUUACCCCUUCUCACCGAGGAAGAACGGGAGAAAGGACAUGCUCCUGUUUUCAGUUUAUUCUGUUACAAAUAGUGGUGUACUGGAAGUCCUUGCUCACAUCUUUGUGCCUUAGAGAUGGUGUCUCUGCCUCAGAGAUGUGUGUCCAUGUGGCACUUUGGCAUGUGCUAUUCUAUUACGUUCAAGAAAAGUUGUACCCAUUUACAUUCCCAGGAGAGCUUGAGAAAUCCUGUGCUCCCACACUGGGUAGCUUUAGUUUUCUAAGUCUUUAUCAGUCUGGUAUGGCACAGUCUCAAGGCUGGGUGAAAAGAUACUUCAAGGCCUUUUGUAAAGGCUUCUUUGUGGCGGUGCCCGUGGCAGUAACUUUCCUGGAUCAGGUUGCCUGCGUGGCAAGAGUGGAAGGAGCAUCAAUGCAGCCUUCUUUGAAUCCCGGGGGGAGCCAAUCAUCUGAUGUGGUGCUUUUGAACCACUGGAAAGUGAGGAAUUUUGAAGUACAACGUGGUGACAUUGUGUCAUUAGUGUCCCCGAAGAACCCGGAACAGAAGAUCAUUAAAAGAGUGAUUGCUCUUGAAGGAGAUAUUGUAAAAACCAUGGGACACAAAAACCGCUAUGUCAAAGUCCCUCGGGGUCACAUCUGGGUCGAAGGUGAUCAUCACGGACACAGUUUUGACAGUAACUCCUUUGGGCCGGUUUCCUUGGGGCUCUUGCAUGCCCAUGCUACACAUAUCCUGUGGCCUCCAGAGCGCUGGCAGAAAUUGGAAUCUGUUCUUCCUCCGGAGCGCUUGCCCGUUCAGACUGAAGAGGAGUGCCUGCAUGGAUCUCCCUGAGCUGCUGUGGAGAGGCCACCUCCGCCACCAUCACCACCACCAACAAUCACAGGAAGAGGGAUAGAUAAGAGACACACUCCAAAAGGCAAAGCUUCCCACAAUAUGAUGCUGUGCAAGAUACAUUUCUAUCCCAUUAGGAUGACCUGUAUUACUAGAGAAAGAGUUUGAAAAGAUUAAAUAGUAUUAAAUGGCACCAGAUUUUGUGUUAAAUUGUAAUACCAUUUUGUUUAAUGCCAAAAAAUGCAGACAUUUGGGAAUAUGAAUAUUUUAUUCCUAUAUGUUUUUAAAGAGGAUAAAUUUUGGGUUUUGUUUUAUGCAUACAUAUUCUGUUGAUUGAUAAGUUUCAAUUUUGCUGCUGGCUGCUGGAUAGAAAUGAAAACUAAUAUUUGAUGAAAGUAAAUGACAUCAGUCAAUUACUCUUAAGAUGGAACUUAAAGAAACAUAUUAUGCACAUAGUGAUGGGAAUUAUACUGUAAUUGAUAGUAUUUACAAUGCAGUGACUGCCAGUUAGGAAGAACAGUAAACUGUGAUGUAAAAAUAAAACACUGAUUUGCUCAA